AUGUUUUCCAAAAAGCCGCACGGGGACGUGCGGAAAUCCACGCAGAAGGUGCUGGACACCCGCAAGGACCCACUUACCCGACUCAAGCACCUCCGUGUCCUUAUAGAGAAUGCAGAAUCAAUUGAUCUCAAACAGUUUUUCGACCUACAUUUUUCACAUAUAUAUUAUGUAUUUUUUGAAAACUUCGUGACUAUUGAAGUGGGCCUUAAACAAAAAGGUCACAAGUCUCAGAGAGAAGAAUUAGAUUCUAUUCUUUUUAUUUUUGAGAAAAUUUUACAACUCCUUCCUGAAAGGAUUCAUCAGAGGUGGCAAUUUCAUAGUAUUGGGUUGAUUUUAAAGAAGCUUCUUCACACUGGAAAUUCAUUAAAGAUACGUCGAGAGGGUGUGCGUCUCUUUCUUUUGUGGCUGCAAGCACUUCAAAAUAACUGUAGUAAAGAACAAUUAUGGAUGUUUUCUUGUUUGAUUCCUGGAUUUUCAUCACCACAGUCUGAAUAUGGCCCCCGAACACUAGAUAAUCUCAUUAACCCUCCCCUUAAUGUCCAAGAAACUCAAGUGACUAUAGAAGAAAUCACUCCACUUGUUCCUCCACAAUCAGGAGAUAAAGGACAAGAAGAUUUAACAAGCUAUUUUUUAGAAGCACUUUUGAAAUACAUGGUAAUUCAGGUUAAGAGUUUAGAAUGGAAGAACAAGGAAAACCAGGAAAAGGGAUUUUCAUUUUUAUUCUCAAAUUUUAAGAAAUACUACUUACCUUCUAUUUUCCCAAACAUCUGUAAGGAGACCAGCUUGUAUAACCCUAUACUUGAUAUACCACAAAUGAGACCAAAGCCACACUACGUAAUAGUUAAGAAAGAUGCUGAAACCAAUGAGGCAAUAUAUUGCACAAAGGAACCUUUCAUUAAGGCUCGUGUUAUUGUCAUUCGAUGGUUGGUGUCUUUCUGGCUUGAGCCAAAACCUCAUACAGGACCUCAUAUUCCUGGGAUGGAAGGUGAAAAUGUGCCAAAGAAUAUUCAGAGAGCAGCUGCCAGCAUGGCUUCAAGGGAGGACAGCAAAAAUGACAGUACUGAUAAGCAGGAUAGAAAUGCAGAACCAGAACAAUCUCAUUCUAAUACAAGUACUCUAACAGAGAGGGAACCAAGUUCUUCCAGCCUCUGCAGUAUUGAUGAAGAGCAUUUAACUGAUAUUGAAAUUGUCCGGAGAGUCUUUUCUUCUAAAAGAAGCAAUGUUAACUUUCUAACUGAGAUUUUUCGACAGGCAUUUUUGUUGCCGAUAUGUGAAGCAGCUGCCAUGAGGAAGGUGGUGAAGGUAUAUCAAGAAUGGAUUCAACAAGAAGACAAACCUUUAUUUAUGAAAGAACCUGAAGAAAUAAUGCAGUGCACAACUGUAGAUUGUGAUGAAAAUGUUGACCAUAAUUCAUCAGAGAAAGGAAAAGAAAGAGAAGAGGAAAAAGGGAUGAACUCCAGUCACGUUAGAAAUUCAAACUGGACAAGAAAUGGCUGUUACGAAGAUGCUUUGCAUAAAACAUCUGAAAUUGAUACUGAAGAGCAAAAUGUACGAGCUGGAGUGCAGUCAGUGUUGCAGGUUUUUAUAAUAAAUUCUUCAAAUAUAUUUUUUCUUGAACCUGCAAAUGAAUUUAAAGCUCUGCUGGAUGAACACACUGAUAUGUGCAAACGCAUUCUCAAUAUCUACCGCCACAUGGUAGUCCAAGUGACUAUGGACAAGAAGACAUGGGAGCAGAUGCUACUUGUGCUGCUCAGGGUAACUGAAUCUGUGCUGAAAAUACCACCCCAAACUUUCUUGCAAUAUCAAGGAAGGAAAAACUCCACUUUAGCUGGAAGACUUGCAGGACCUCUUUUCCAGACUCUUAUAGUAGCUUGGAUCAAAGCAAAUCUAAAUGUGUACAUUUCUCGAGAACUUUGGGAUGACUUGCUGUCUGUAAUGUCAUCAUUGACAUACUGGGAAGAGCUGGCCACUGAGUGGUCACUGACAAUGGAGACACUUACUAAAGUAUUAGCUAGAAACCUGUAUAGCCUGGACCUCAGUGACCUGCCACUGGAUAAAUUAAGUGAGCAGAAACAGAAAAAACACAAAGGCAAAGGAGUUGGGCAUGAAUUCCCAAAGUCUUCUGUUGAUAAGUCCUUUUCUAGAGGCUGGAGCCGUGAUCAGCCUGGACAAGCACCAAUGAGACAGCGCAGUGCUACAACCACUGGCUCUCCAGGAACAGAAAAGGCGAGGAGCAUAGUACGGCAGAAAACAGUUGACAUUGACGAUGCUCAAAUUCUUCCACGUCCACCUCGAGUCAGACAUUUUUCUCAGAGUGAGGAUGCUCCAAGUGAAGUUUUUGGUGCAUUAAAUGAAGAACAGCCACUGCCACGAAGCAGCAGCACCUCUGACAUCCUGGAACCGUUUGCAGUUGAACGAGCCAAAGGUGCAGUUCCUGUCAUUGACAGUUCAUCCCAUCAUGCUCCAAGCUUACAGAGUUCCACUGAGACCUCUUCAAUGCAUAGAUCCACUGAAAGCCAUAUCACUGAUACAAAUAGCAGAGAGUCCUCCUUGGAAGUUGGGGAUAGUAUUUAUGACCAUCUUUGUCAUUUAAUAGGGCCGGUAGAAUUUGCAAACACUGCCUUUGAACAAAGCCAGUAUGUUGACCUUGAAGGUGAAGAUGAUCUCCUUUCCUCUCUGAGAGAAUAUCUUAUUAAAGAAAAAGAAGAACUUUGCGGUAACUUUGAGAUAGAGAAAUGUGAGGCUUCUGCUCAUGAAGUUGAUACAUCAGUAAGUAGGAACGAUAGAUUACCACUGGAUGGAUUAGAAAAUAGAGAUCAGACUGGGCAAUGCACGACUAGCAACACUGUUGCAGAAAGAGCCAAUAACACGGAGCUGCAACUAGAACAAAACCCAAGUGGCUUUAUAAGUAAUAUUGCACCUACUCAAGUAGACUUUUUUACAAGAAAUCAAGCGCUCAAUAAGGCCAGACAGUUAGAUAUUGAUAAACAAUAUGAAAGCGUGUUUGAUCAUGGGUCAAGUAGUCCUAGCAGCAAAGAAGGGAAGAGAUACCUGUACAGGCAAGCAGCCACUGAAACUGAUGUAGAUUUAGUUGUGGAAGCACCGGUAGCUGAAAAGCAUAAAAAUGCCCAGUUUAAUGAAAAAGUGACCAACUCGCGCAUUGUCCAUGCAAAGAAAAUCCUUCCUAAAGCACAAGUUGAUCCUCAAAUGCCUCACAUCAUAGGCACAAGCAAACUGGCACCAACUAAAAGAAGUAUAUCUGAAACCGUAACUCAUAGGGCCAAAAUAAUGAAAAUAACAACUAAAAAAAGAAACAGCGUUCAUGUUACUUUUAGGCCAUCUACAGAAUCGGUUCAGUUUUACAAUCCUCUUGAGAACAAAGAGGCUGCUUGGAAAGCAAGACUUCGUAAACUUGGUGGCUUCAGUAGUAGCAGUAGUGGUAGCAGCAACAGCAGUACCAGUGCAAGCAGUAGCUCAUCAUCUGCCACAGAGCUGGUUAGACCUGGAAUAUACAGGCAUCUAGAUGCAGUCAGUGCUGCUUUGGCUGGCAGCAAGCAAGUUAAGGAAUCUACAGAAACUCAAGGAACUGUGUUGCAGAAAGAAGGUCUUGCAGUUAGUCAGUCCCAAUGUCGUAGUGCCUUUAGAGCACCAGGUCAGGAGUCGGCACAACAGCAGGGCUCCCUGGGUGGUGUUUAUAAAACUGUUGUACAUGCUCUUUCGAAGCCGAAGGCAAAUGUUUCCCCACAGAGGCAGAACAGAAUGCCAGCAGAGGCUCCACUGAGGGAUCUGUACAGUCAUGUAAUGGGCUAUUUUGGAAGGAAAGCUGCAGCUAAUAGAGAGGACAUGAGUCAAAAGCUGCACCCUAUUGAUAGUGAUAUUGGCAGUAGCAAUACAAAUGUUCCUGACCUCAUGGAUGAAUUUAUAGCUGAGAGACUCCGCAGUGGUAAUGCACUGAAUGUGACAAGAAGAGGAAGCAGCCCUGGCAGCCUGGAAGUUCCUAAAGACCUUCCUGAUAUAUUGAACAAGCAGAACCAAAUGCGUCCUGUGGAUGACCCAGGCGUGCCUUCCGAGUGGACGUCGCCUGCCAGCGCGGGCAGCAGUGACCUCAUCAGCUCCGACAGCCACUCUGACUCCUUCAGCGCCUUCCAGUAUGAGAGCCGCAAAUUUGAAAAUUUCAGCUUUGGCACUGAGGCAGGGACUCCAGCUUCUACUGACAUUGAUGCAAUUUCAGGCCAGCAACAAAGUGCCGAGGAACAAGAAGUGGCCAGUCUAACUACACUCCACAUAGAUUCAGAAACAAGUAGUCUCAAUCAGCAGCCAUUGUCUGCUGAGGCUGCAACUAUUACUGGCUCUGAAAGUGCUUCUCCAAUCCAAUCUGCUCUUGGAUCCCGAUCACAGACACCCUCUCCUGCCACUCUUCAUGCAGAUCAUAUUGAGCAGAAGGAUCUGCAGCUGGAUGAGAAGCUCCACCACUCUGUUUUACAGACGCCAGAUGACCUAGAAACUAGUGAAUUCCCCUCAGAAUGUUGCAGUGUGAUGGCUGGGGGAACACUUACAGGAUGGCACGCAGAUGUUGCUACUGUGAUGUGGAGGAGGAUGCUAGGAAUUCUGGGAGAUGUCAACAGCAUCAUGGAUCCAGAGAUUCAUGCCCAGGUUUUUGACUAUCUGUGUGAACUGUGGCAAAAUCUGGCCAAGAUAAGAGACAAUCUUGGUAUUUCAACAGAUAACCUAACUUCACCAUCUCCCCCAGUUUUAAUUCCACCACUGAGAAUUCUAACACCAUGGCUUUUCAAGGCAACAAUGCUGACCGAUAAAUACAAACAAGGAAAGCUACAUGCUUAUAAGCUUAUUUGUAAGACAAUGAAACGAAGACAAGAUGUUUCUCCAAACAGAGAUUUUUUAACUCAUUUCUACAAUAUAAUGCACUGUGGACUUCUUCAUGUUGAUCAAGAUAUUGUCAAUACAAUCAUCAAGCACUGCUCUCCUCAGUUCUUUUCACUUGGUUUGCCUGGUGCUACCAUGCUUAUUAUGGAUUUCAUUGUAGCAGCAGGAAGAGUGGCUGCUUCUUCUUUCCUCAAUGCACCAAGAGUUGAAGCACAGGUUCUUUUAGGAUCUCUAGUCUGUUUUCCCAAUUUAUAUUGUGAACUACCAGCUCUUCACCCAAAUAUUCCUGACAUUGCUGUGUCUCAGUUUACAGAUGUUAAGGAGCUCAUAAUAAAAACUGUGUUAAGUUCAGCAAGAGAGGAGCCAUCUGGUCCUGCACGAUGUGUUGCUCUUUGCAGCCUUGGUAUUUGGAUCUGUGAGGAGCUAGUCCAUGAAUCACAUCAUCCUCAGAUCAAGGAAGCAUUGAAUGUGAUCUGUGUUUCUUUAAAGUUUCCAAAUAAAACAGUAGCCCAAGUCGCCUGCAGUAUGCUGAACAUGCUGAUACAUUAUGUACAUAGACUUCAACUGUAUCAAGCUGAUUCACCUUUAAGAAUUAUUCAAAUUCUGAUAGCAACUAUUACACAUCUGCUACCCAGCACAGAAGCUUCUUCUUAUGAGCAAGACAAGAGGUUGGUGGUUUCUUUACUUCUGUGCUUACUGGAUUGGAUAAUGGCCUUGCCAUUGAAGACUUUGCUGCAGCCUCUUCACACUACAGGAGCAGAAAAUGAUAAGACUGAAAGAUCUGUUCUUAAUUGUAUAUAUAAGGUUCUGCAUGGAUGUGUCUAUGGGUCUCAAUGUUUUAGCAACCCGAAAUAUUUUCCUCUAAGCCUUUCUGAUCUGGCAUGUAUGGAUUAUGAUCCUUUUAUGCAUUUAGAAAGCUUAAAGGAACCAGAACCACUGCAUUCUCCCGACUCUGAGAGGUCUUCUAAACUUCAGCCAGUCACUGAAGUGAAAACUCACAUGCAACAAGGAUUAAUAUCUGUUGCUGCUCGUACUGUGAUAACACAUCUAGUCAACCACUUAGGCCACUAUCCUAUGAGUGGAGGUCCUGCUAUGCUGACCAGUCAAGUGUGUGAAAACAAUGACAAUCCAUACAGUGAAAGUCCUGAGCUUUCUCCUGAACUUUUUGAGAACCCAAAUCUUCAAUUCUUUGUAUUAAACAAUACUUCCCUGGUGUCUUGCAUACAAAUCCAAGCAGAAGACGACAUGCCUGGAGGAGGACUGUCUGCUGGUCUUGCAUCAGCUAAUUCAAAUGUUCGAAUUAUAGUGCGUGAUCUGUCUGGCAAAUACUCAUGGGAUUCGGCCAUUUUGUAUGGACCAUCAUCUUUAUGUGGAUCUUCACAACAAACAUCUUUUGCACUUUCAUUGUCUCAGCAAGAUAAACCAGAAGAUGCUCUUUCAUCUUUUGAGCAUGUGGAGGAUGUAUCUGCAAGAGAUGGAAUUACACUCCAAGUUAAAAGGAAAUUUAGAGACACUGUACCAACAUGGGAUACAAUUAGGGAUGAAGAAGAUGCUCUUGAUGAGCUGCUGCAGUAUUUAGGUGUUACAAGCCCUGAAUGCUUACAGAGAACUGGUGUUUCACUCAACAUCCCUGCUCCUCAACCAGUCUGCAUCUCAGAAAAGCAGGAGAACGAUGUCAUUAAUGCAAUUCUGAAACAGCACACAGAAGAGAGAGAGUUUGUUGAAAAGCAUUUCAAUGAUGUAAAUAUGAGGGCUAUGGAGCAGGACGAGCCAACCUCACAAAAGCCACAGUCAGCGUUUUACUACUGUAGAUUACUUCUCAGUAUACUGGGAAUGAAUUCAUGGGAUAAAAGAAGGAGCUUUCAUCUCCUGAAGAAAAAUGAGAAGUUACUUCGAGAACUCAGAAAUUUGGACUCAAGACAAUGCCGAGAGACACACAAGAUUGCAGUGUUUUAUGUUGCUGAGGGACAGGAAGAUAAACACUCCAUUCUUACCAAUACUGGGGGAAGUCAAGCCUACGAGGAUUUCGUAGCUGGUCUUGGCUGGGAGGUAAAUCUUACAAACCAUUGUGGCUUUAUGGGAGGACUGCAAAAAAACAAAAGCACUGGAUUGACCACUCCAUAUUUUGCUACCUCAACAGUGGAAGUAAUGUUCCAUGUGUCAACAAGAAUGCCUUCUGAUUCAGAUGACUCUUUAACAAAAAAGCUAAGACAUUUAGGAAAUGAUGAAGUACACAUUGUCUGGUCAGAACAUACUCGAGAUUAUAGAAGAGGAAUCAUUCCAACAGAAUUUGGUGACGUUCUUAUAGUUAUCUAUCCCAUGAAAAACCAUAUGUUCAGUAUCCAGAUCAUGAAAAAGCCUGAGGUUCCAUUUUUUGGUCCACUCUUUGAUGGUGCUAUUGUGAAUGGAAAAAUUCUGCCUAUUAUGGUUCGUGCAACAGCUAUAAAUGCAAGCCGUGCAUUGAAAUCAUUAAUCCCAUUAUACCAAAACUUUUAUGAGGAGAGAGCACGAUACCUGCAAACAAUUGUUCAACAUCAUCUAGAGCCUACAACGUUUGAAGAUUUUGCUGCUCAGGUUUUCUGCCCAGCACCUUAUCACCAUUUGCCCUCAGAGACAGAUCAUUAAAUAUCAGUUCUGUUUAUCUGAAGGUAAGACAAAGUGUCCAAAAAAACCCUUUGUUCCUCUUACUUUUACUAGACCACUAAGCUUGUAACCAAAUUGUAUGCAAACUUUCCUUGUUGCCCUUGUUCACACUAAAAAGAAUUUCACACUGAUCGAGAAAUGACCACUACAUCCUCUAAAAGUUUUAGUCUUUUACUAACCUCAGGUCUGCAUGAAGCACUAACACUGGUUCUGGGAUUAAGGUAACUAAUGAUAGAGACAGUUGUUGAAUGAGUAACACUUUAUUGUGUUGACCUUUGUUUCUCAGCAUGAACAAGUAGUACUGGAUGGCAGUGGUGUGUUUUGUACCCUGUACUGUCUUUCAUUGAUGUUGUAAGACAUUCUGCAGUGAUAACCUAGGAGAGAUGGAGAAGAAGAAUGUGUAAUCUCGAAAUCCCCUGUUCAGAAAAACGUUAUUUAAUGAUAAUCAAAGUGCUUCCAUGGAAAAAUUGUAAAUCUAAAUGAAAUAAAUUUUGUAAGAAUAGUUUGGCAAGUUGUUAUCUGAAAAUUUGUUUCUCAAUUCCAAAAUAUAUACAGAAAUUAAUUCUGAAUUAUACAAGAAUUAUGGUAGGACUACAGAAAGAAUGAGAGAUGUUAAAUGUUGAGGUUCCUUUGCUUUAAAAUACAAACAAUAACUAGAAAUGAGGUGCAGUUUCAAAGUAUAAUAAUUAUAUAUAUAAAAUAAUAAUUAUGCUAGUGGAAAUAGUUGAGACAAAAGGUAAACAAAAUUUAAAGUAAGUCAUAUAAUUAAAGCAGUAUAAAAAUUAGUAAUGUAGUUGAAAGUAUGAAAACAUUUGAAUAGGAAAAAUUGGUUGACUAGAAACAUUAAAAACAAACAAACAUUAAAAACAAUAACCAGGGAUACCAGCCCUUGCCACAUUUCCUGUCAGUAUUCCUAGUGAAUAUUCCUAGUGAAUGUUCAACACCAGACACUUUUGUAUGGCUAGUAUAUAUUCUAGUGCACUUGUUGAAGUUCUGCAUAUUCCUUUACAGAAGUCUCAUUCUAAGCCAAGUCGUUCUGCCCUCUUCUCUAAUUCAUUCUUGCAGGGUGAAGCAAGGCUUUUCUCUGCUAGUUUGGUGCAUCAGAGUAUACUUCUCUACAGUGGCAAUCCUGUAUUCUUUUAAACUUGAUGCUUUCUAGCAUGAUCUGAAAUGAGGUUAUGAUUUUUUAGAAACUUGAUUUUAACUCAACCUUUCUAUCAAAGUUAAUAAUUUUCUGUAGGAAUCUCAUUAAUGGGAGCUUGUGAUGUGUUUCACAUCUGCACACAUGCAUGUGUGUGUCUGCAUACCACGAAAUACGAUGUCCUGUCCUGGGAGCCACGUUCUUCUGGACCUUACAUUGUGCAGUGGAAGCGACCAAGACAUCAGUGUCAGGAGCAGCCAGCAGCUUCCUAGGACAGACAUGCAGCACAGUGUGACCCAGCAUCAGUCAGUCAACCUGGCCCCACACCUGUCUGACUCUGAGCUUGCAUUGCAGCCAAGGGAGGCUGGGGUUGCUCUGGCAGUCCUGUUUGCUGCCUCAUCCCUGUUCCUUCUAGGGCUCCUGGAAAUCUGAUACUUGGCUCCAGGACAAAGUGCCUGGAGUAGCACCCAACCAUCUGCCUCCAAGCUGACUCUAGAGGGCACAAAUUCUAAAGCCUGAGGCAGGUAUAAAAUAACACUGCAGUCAGCUGCCAGAAAUGUUGCUCCAGGGCUUGGGGUUAGCCUGGAAACCACUGGUAUCCAGUUCUAGCAGACCUGUGAGCUACAUUACUGCAGAUGCCCCAAGUUUCUGAUGGACUGUCAUCCCAAGGAAGAGUCCACCAGCAGUGCUAUUGAAAAAAUAGAUACCCCUAAAUUUCCAGGGCCCCUGCAACAGGUGAAUUUUUUAAAAGACAUACAGAGCACUGAACUGUGCCAGGAUUACACACAGGAGUGGUGCUGGAAUUCUGCCUGGGAAUCCACAUGCAUUCAUCACCCUCAAGAUGAUUCAGACAAAACCUUGCAAGCUCCCAGCCAGAUGUGUCCAUGUCAUCUGAAAAUUUCUAACCAGCUUCUAACAAUACACAUAUUCUAAAUACAAAAUAUUUCAUUUAUGUGUGUGGCUUCUUGUAAUAAAAAAUGAUUGCCCUGAAGA